GUCGUGUUAGAGCUAACCAAGCAUUAUAUGAAAGGAUGUAUCAUGACCUUCCCCAUGAAGGUGACAAUAAUAUCCAUCGCGGAAUUCUAAAUUCUGAUCUUCUAUACUCGGGAUCCAUGGGAAACUCUGGAACACCUACUAUUGAAUUAGAGAUUUUAAAUUAUAGAGCUAUUAGUACAGCUUAUUCUUCCGCUUCUUCGACCAGUCAGUCAAACGGAGAAGGAUUUGACCGAACGACGGAUAUGACCGGUCAUGCUGUAUAG